GGAGGUGCCGGUGAAGGAGAACAAAAGCUUCGCGAAGAGGAGAACUUCCAACAAAGACAGGAGGUGAAAACAGACAACGUUCUACCAGCAUACUGCGAGCCACCAAAUCCAUGCCCAGUUGGUUACACUGCCGCUGAUGGAUGUUUGGAGGAGUUCGAAAAUAGGUAA